AUGUACGUGCUGCUCGUUGCCCCUAGUCUCGCUUCAGCCCCCUUUUCUCUUAGGGCCCCUUUAAUUGACGUUUUCCAUUACUCAUUUACUAUUGAUUCACAUUUUCUACUCAACCAGAUUGCAGAAUCCUUCCGCCGCUUUGGAAUAGCACCAGCAACUACGUCCCUCAUCGUCAUAAAAGUCAGCACCCCUUCCUCGCCUCUAACUGCUUCAGAAAUCCAAGCCCACCUCGACACCUCGAUCGAGGGAGAAGCAAUUCCACUUUCCGAUGAAGCACUAAGUGGGAUGACGGACGUGGCACGGGUGAAGAAGAUUUAUAAGUUGAAUUCUGGAGGUAAUGCCGGUGGGAAGAAGAGGGCUGUGAAUGGUGAUUUAGGAGUGGCGGGUGAAAAGGAAGGAGAUGAGAGGAAAGAGUUAGAGGUUGCUAUUUUGGGUGCUAUGGCGUUAAGGGGCAUGACAAAUUAA